UUAAUCUCGCCCAUCACAAGAGAGAAAAACUGCCGAUAUUCCUUUCUUCAUUGUAAAGAUAAUUAUGGCAAAGCAGUCUUACUUUCUUUUGUGCCUUGCGGUUGUUUUAGUGAUUACAAACCUUGCUGAAUGUGGUCGUCGUUGUCGUUCUGUAUCAAGUAGAAAGCUAUCAGCAAAGCUCGAUGAGAUAAACAGCACACUUAGUGAACAGCUCAUUGAUGCGAAUGCUAAUAUAAACAAACUCCUAGAGCAGAAAACUGAUUUUCCAGCUUGUAUAGAACCUUGUCAACCUGACAUAAGGGACAUGUGGUUUCGAACAACAAUUGGUAUUGGCAAAGAUUCUGUGACGGCAUGGAGAACUGGAGAUGGGGCGACAGACGAUCCAGAGUGCCGAAAUGUCAGGAAAAAUGGUUGCAGACUUCACUACAGAGAUCCGCGGAUAGACACGUGGUCCCUACAGAAAAUAACAAAGGUUCAAUAUUCAAUCUACAAAGAUGGAAAACAGGUUGCCUGGGUGUUAUUUAACGCCGUUGGUAGCACGAUGGACAACUGGUUUGACAAAAGUAGAGUAAUUGGUUCUAGUUACAAUGAUCUUACAUCUUCCGCAGCAUACAACUUUUUUGCAAUAAAAGACGAAAGCCCUGUACUUUUUCGUGUGACACGACACUGGUACGUUUCCAGCAAAUUCGCUGGAUGUGGUAACGACGACUACUGGUUUGUAACGGAGGAAGGUACAGGAAACUGCGGCUACGACAGACUUACUCAGUAUCCAUAUAUCCUGUAUUCGCUGGGGCCAACGAUGGCAAACACCGCUAAUCAAGAGAACUUUGGCUUUGGUGAUGUUGCUGUGGUGAGAGUAAUACAAGAGUAAUAACCCUGUCAGCUGACGUGAAUGUACAUCUAGUAACGUACUGGAGUGUCACUGAGUGCUCGUUUUUUUUUCUAAUUUACAUAGGCAAUAUAUAAGAAAAUACUUUAUGUUUUUGGAAUUAAUCAUGAUAUGCUCACAGAUCUUGUAAAAUUUCUUGCAUUGACAAAAAUGAUGUUUUCAUCUAUAUUACAGUUGUGCUUUCAACGUAUUGAGGAUUGACGAAAAUAUAUUACUUCAACCAAUAAAACAUUAGAAAUA